GUAAUCAUGAGCACUAAAGCGGAAGCGAGACGCGAAAUAGGGGCAACCUUAACCCUAUGCAUGUUUAGCAUGCAGUGCAUAGGGCUUUCGUUCAAGCGGCCAGACGGCACAGCGCGGCUUCUUCGACAGAAGCUGAUGUUUGUAGCGUCGAUUUGCACCAUUGUCUAUCACGUUUUCAGUGAAAUCGUUUACAUUGGCCUCACGUUAUCUAAUUCGCCACGAGUCGAAGAAGUUGUUCCGCUUUUUCAUACUUUUGGCUACGGCGCUUUAAGCAUUGCGAAGGUAUUUGCCCUGUGGUCUAAAAAGAACGUGUUCGCCGAACAUUUAGACGAACUGUCGGGCAUAUGGCCCAUGGAACCGCUCGAUGAAGACGAACGACAUAUCAAGGAGAAGAGCCUGGCCGCACUACGCCUUGUUCAUCAAAGUUACUUCACAAUAAACGUCGGGGGCGUGAUGUUCUACAACGUGACGCCAAUAUGCGUUUACCUGUACCAACUGUGGCAGGGGCAAGACGCGGCAGUCGGCUUCGUAUGGGUGUCCUGGUACCCGUUUGACAAAUAUAAGCCAAUCAACCACGUUAUUGUUUACAUAUUUGAAAUAUUUGCUGGUCAGACUUGUGUGUGGAUAAUGAUCUGCACGGACCUGCUGUUCUCGGGCCUCGCCAGCCACAUCGCCUUGUUGCUGCGGCUGCUACACAAGCGACUGGAAACAUUAGCCGAAACUGACAAGUCACAGGAGGAAUAUUAUCAAGAGAUUGUCGAUAAUAUUAAACUGCAUCAACGGCUUAUAAGAUACUGCAACGACCUGGAAGAGGCUUUCACGAUAGUGAAUCUCAUCAAUGUCGUAUUCAGUUCAAUAAAUAUAUGUUGUGUCGUAUUCGUUAUUGUGCUCCUUGAACCCUUAAUGGCUGUGAGCAGUAAGCUAUUUUUGGUAUCUGCACUCAUUCAAAUAGGAAUGCUAUGUUGGUAUGCUGAUGAUAUUUUCCAUUGUAACGCGGACGUGGCGCUAGCGGUGUAUAACAGUGGGUGGUACCGUACAGACCCUCGGUGUCGCCGCGCCCUCAUUUUCCUUAUUCGGAGAGCCCAAAAACCAGUGGCGUUUACUGCCAUGAAAUUCACAAACCUGUCUCUGGUCACCUAUUCAUCGAUCCUGACCAGGUCCUAUUCCUACUUCGCUUUACUAUACACCAUGUACAAUGACAGCUAAACACAA